GGGGGUGGGCCAGAGCGAUAGAGCGGUCGUUAAGGCGGACGCUGUGAUGUGGCGGCGGCUGGAGGUCUUCCCAAUCUCCCUGCAUAUGGGGUUACAGGAUGCCUGAUGGAGUCUAUGAGAUUAUGAGGAGCAUUGACAGGGUGACAAGAAAGCAGCUAUUCCACUUAAUUGAUGGGUAAAGACAGUGGGGUACACUUUGAAAGGCAAGACUUUGGACGAUAUCUGAAGAGAAACUUUUUAAACCAAAGUCUGGUGGGGUCCUGAAAUGUAUUUCCGACUUGAGACUGCCCUGAGGGCCAGUGUCCCACUUGGUUUGCGAUUUCAGUCAAGCAGCCAAGCCUCUGCAGCUGUGUUGAAAGCAAGCCAAACAGCACCUGGAUUCAGUUUUGAACUCUCAGAUGAGCAGAAAGAGUUCCAGGCUACAGCACGAAAAUUUGCUCGGGAGGAAGUGGCUCCAGCAGCUGCUGACUAUGACAGGAGCGGAGAGUAUCCUGCUCCCCUUAUUAAGACAGCAUGGGAACUGGGCCUGAUGAACACGCACAUUCCCGUGAGUUGCGGUGGAAUGGGACUAGGCAUCUUUGAUUCCUGUGUUAUAACUGAAGAAAUAGCAUAUGGUUGUACCGGCAUUCAGACUGCAAUUGAGGCCAAUUCACUGGGGCAAAUGCCAGUCAUCCUCGCAGGCAGUGAGGAACAGCAGAAGAAGUACUUGGGACGAAUGACUGAGGCUCCGUUGAUGUGUGCAUACUGUGUGACAGAACCCGGCGCUGGCUCUGAUGUAGCUGGCAUCAAGACCAGAGCAGAGAAAAAGGGUGACGAAUACAUCAUUAAUGGUCAGAAGAUGUGGAUCACAAAUGGGGGCAAAGCGAACUGGUAUUUUCUCCUUGCUCGUUCGGAUCCAGAUCCCAAAGCUUCUGCAAGCAAAGCUUUCACUGGCUUCAUUGUAGAUGCUGACUCUCCCGGAAUCCAAGUUGGAAGAAAGGAGAUUAACAUGGGUCAGCGCUGCUCCGAUACCAGAGGCAUUGUCUUUGAAGAUGUGCGAGUGCCUAAGGAGAAUGUCCUUAUUGGAGAGGGAGCUGGCUUCAAAAUUGCAAUGGGAGCAUUUGACAAAACCAGACCACCGGUUGCUGCUGGAGCAGUUGGUUUAGCCCAGAGAGCCUUGGAUGAAGCGACUAGGUAUGCCUUGGAAAGAAAAACCUUUGGAAGAUUACUCGCACAGCAUCAGGCAGUUUCCUUCCUGCUGGCAGACAUGGCCCUGAAGGUGGAAUUGGCACGGUUAGGUUACCAGAGGGCAGCCUGGGAAGUGGACCAGGGACGGAGGAACACUUACUACGCCUCCAUAGCAAAAGCCUUUGCGGGAGACAUUGCCAAUCAGGUUGCCAGUGAUGCUGUCCAGAUCUUUGGGGGCAGUGGAUUCAACAGUGAAUAUCCCGUGGAGAAACUGAUGAGAGAUGCUAAAAUCUACCAGAUCUACGAAGGCACUGCUCAAAUCCAGAGAAUGAUCAUCGCACGACAACACAUCGAGAAAUACGAGCAGUGAAAGAUCAUUUUGUUUACAUCGAAUAAAUGCCUCACAAUGCAAUUCUGAUUCCUAGACUGACCCCACCACACAAACCCACUUUUCUUUCUAUGCAAUGCAGAGAGGAGUUAAAGUUUACUUCUGUUGAGAACAGGACCCCUUUUUAUGUCUGUAACAUUUUCUGAAAGUGACUCAACAAUUUAUGGUGACCGGCACUUGAGAGAUUUUGGACCUAAGGGAAAUUUAGCGGUAGCCUGCAAUCGAACAUAACAUUCUCAAAAUAUGAUGAACAAAUAAAUAGCUAAAAAUAAAGAAGCACUUCAAACAAA